AUGAAUUUCGAUUUUUCUAUACCUUUGCAAAAAGAUGAGCUGUUAGAAUCUCACGCUGGACAAUAUCAUGUCGAGGACGUUGUACAACCAAGGCUGUUGUUGUCUAAACUUCAAGAUGCCGCCCGCGCCUAUAACUCUGAGGGAGUAGAAUAUAUUUUGGAACACUUUGAUUCCUAUUUCUCUAUACUAUUUCAUGGCACUAAACUUGAAUGGAAUGAAAUAAAUAAAGGAUUUGAACAUAUUUUGAGGUCUGUUAAAAGUCUUUGUAAUCAACUUGAAACCAUCUUCCAAGAGCAAGAUAUUGAUCCAGAUAUACGUAUUAAAUACCUCAAUGUAGUUAAAAUGGUUAUGUAUUUAUUUACACAAAUAAUGAAAACCAAAGAUGCCAAAUUAGCAGCAGAUAAUUCUACAAAACUGACAUUAGGUAAAAAAGGAAAGAAAAAUGCUGAUGAGGAAUUUUGUGGGUGGACUGAGGCAGAUAAGCAAGGGGCUUUGGUUGCAUUGCAUAUGUUGCUACAGCAGCCAUUGUCUCGCCUAUGGGAUCCACCACUUGCAGAAGAUAAUUUUGUUAAUAUGGUAGCUGAACCUUGUUAUAAAGCAUUGGAGGAGCAAAUUAUUAAAACAAAGUCUGUGCGGGAAACAGUGUUCCAAAUUCUAGGUGUGUUAGUAAAGAAAUAUAACCAUGGUACGUCAUGCCUCAUUAAAUUAGUUCAGGUUUUGCAAAUGGCAGAACAUGCUGUGUCACCAAUCUGUGGAGGUGUAGUGCAGCUAACUAAAGAAUUUGGACUUGGCACUUUUGGACCACAAAUGGUUCGAGAAAUAGCUGAAGCAUUGGCUUCAACAGAAGAGGAUGCCGCUGGUGCUGGCACUGAACAAGCUGCUGCUAGGAACUGUGGGGCAUUUUUAUUAGAAUUAACCAAGGAGUUGCCCAAGGAAAUGACUAGCGCUAUUGCAACUCUGCAACCGUACUUGGAAAGCGAUGAGAGUUACACGUUGCGAAUAAGCGUAUUGGGCAUGAUAUGCGAAGUGCUGAGUGUGGAGCUACGUGGAGAGGGACUGUCGGACGAGCAACGUGCGCAACGUGAUGAUUUUCUUGAUGACCUCUAUGAACAUAUGCACGACUUAUCAGCAUACGUGCGUCAUAAGGUACUUCAAUUCUGGUCGCGAUUACAAAGGGAGAAUAGCGUGCCAGUCAGUAGACAACAUUCAGUAUUGGAAAGAGCAAUUGGCCGCUUAAAAGAUAAAGCGGCGUUAGUAAGAAAGGCAGCCAUACAGCUAGUUAAGGUAUUCUUAGAAUGCAAUCCAUUUUCGGCGCAAUUAAAAUUAGAUAUUUUAGAGGAGCAAUUAGCAUCUGAACAAAAGAUACUAGAUGAUCUCCAAAAGAAACUCAAUCCGGGACCCGAUCCAGAGCUUAUUAAAAAAUGGGAGAAAAUUGAGAAAGAUGUAGUAAAUACAAUUAAGGAGAAGAUGGACACGCUUACACAAGACGAACCCGAUUUAUCGCAAGCAACGUUAGACAAUUUAUAUGACGCAAUUCGUAGGAGCUUAAAGGAGAAAGAUUAUUAUAAGGCUUAUUUGAUUGUAAAGCACACAGAAAGACAAUACCCAGAUGCAAAGUUGUUGAGAUGUGACAUGCCUAAAAGUGAACAGAUUGACUACUUUGUUGCUUUAAUGAGAAACAUUUUUAUAAUACCUGACAGGAGACAAUCUAUGUCAAUGACACAGCAGUGUGAGAACGAGCUAGCACUAUAUAAAAGAGUAGAAGAGAAAGAAAGCAUAGUAGCUUUUCUUCAAGAAUCUGUACAUUUUAGCAGAAUGAUAUCUGAGGCUGUGCCUCUAGUGAACUCUUUACUGAUGUCGAAACAGGCGGGCGAUGUGAGCGAAGCGAUCGAUUUCUUUACGACAGCUCAUCAUUUCAAUAUAGAAUCGGCAAAAGUGGGCGUAGCCAAUAUGCUACUUCUUGUUUGGUCACCAGAUCAAGAUAAACGUGAAGCAGUAGAACGGGCUUACAGAGAAAUGUAUUUGGAUUGUGACAACAAAGCGGAACGUGCCCGAUCCUUCACGAUCGCUAAAAACCUGGUGAACCUGAUGACCCAUGUGGACCGCGGCAGUGCGCUAGCACUCGAGCAUCUGGUUGAGAAAUGGAUUAACAAGGGCGAUAUAACACCGUCUAUUAUACAGGUGUUCUGGGAAAUGUUCUUAAAAAAGAUUGAUGGCACUACCGACAUGGACAGCUAUGCUGCUCUCUCCUUUCUUGUAAUGAUAGCAAAAGCCAAGCCUUCAGUAGCGCAAGCAAACCUCGAAGUCAUCCAGAAUCACGGACUCACAGGGGAUUACAAUUCCAGAAACCUAAGUGCACAGUUGCUACUUUCCCUAUCGAAGAAAAAUCAAAGAUACCCGGCUGAUCACGCUAUAUUCACCUCUGUUUAUGACAGCCUAAUGGAAACAUUCAAUAAAAACAAGAACUUCACGUCCUUUGCAGCAAAUGCUGUCGACCUUAUUUAUGCAAUUUGCGACACGCCCGACGUGCUCUGCACGAAAAUGUUGGCAGACAUGUAUAAGAGAAUAGAGGAAGUGAUGGUAAAGGAAAAAGAUAAUGAGGAAGAAGCCAGCAUACCAACUGAACUGCUCACGCGAUUUGUGUUUGUUCUGGGACAAAUAGCUCUUCAACAGCUUAUUCAUCUCGAUAUUAGCGUGUAUAGUGAGCUAAGAAGACGCAAUCAGGUACGAGAAGAAAGGAAAGCUGAAGAGAAACGUAAGAAAAAAGCGGGAGCGUUUGCAACGCCUGCCCGACGUGGGCGUGCAGAUGAACUUCGACGUCGGACGCUCAUGAACAUGAGCAACGCCAGUGCUUCCUCUCGCGGACAACGCUCAGCCAGUGUCGCUUCCAAUAAGGGUACUUCGACAAAUACGACAAUGACCGAGGAAGAGGUGGGUCUGGAAGGCGCGGUGGCGGAUGAUGCGGACGCGGAGUACGUGCGCGCGGUGUGCGAGCGCGACGUGGUGGGCGCCGGCACCGCGCUCGCGCGCUACACGCCGCUGCUGCGCUGGCUGCUGGCCAACCCGGCAGGCACCUCUGUGCGCCUGCAGGCUGCCACGGCGCUCUGCUUCACCAGGUUCAUGCUCGUAUCAAGUACUGUAUGCGAAGAAGGUCUCCAGCUAAUGGUCACAGUGUUAAAAAGAUCUAAAAAUGUAUCCCUGAGAACAAAUCUGACAAUCGCCUUUGCGGAUCUCACAUUACGCUUCCCUAAUCUAACGCAGCCUUGGACGCAUCACAUCUAUCACAUUUUAAGUGACGAGGAGCUAGAGGUUCGUCAGUGCGCUGUUAAAAUGCUGUCAUUUCUCGUACUCCAUGAGAUGGUUCGCGUUAAAGGGCAAAUAGCAGACAUGGCUUUAUGCUGUGCUGACAAAGAUGCCCGCGUGGCCGCCAUGACACGCUUGUUCUUCAAGCAACUGUCACAGAAGGGUAAUGCAUUAUACAAUGUGAUGCCUGAUAUUAUAUCACGUCUGAGCGACCCCGAGCUCAAUGUUCCUGAAGAGCAGUAUAGAGUUAUUAUGAAAUACAUAACUUCUCUAAUACAAAAAGAUCGACAGAUGGAAGCACUAAUAGAGAAGUUAUGCCAGCGAUUUAAACUCUCGACAGAGGAAAGGCAAUGGCGAGACCUGGCAUUUUGUUUGUCGUUAUUUACAUACAAUGAACGAUCACUAAAGAAAUUGAUAGAGAAUUUGGAUUGCUUUAAGGACAAGUUACACUGUUCCGGCGUAAUGGAGUCAUUUACUGUUCUCAUGAAUAAUACUUCGAAAAUGGCUAGAAACGAAAUAAAGUCGUUAGUAACAGAACUAGGAGACAAGAUAGAAGAAUGUUUUGCGGUGCGUGAAGGGGAGGAAGGGGAGAAAGUGGACGGCAGCGAGGGCGCGGGCGGCCGGGCGGCGCGCGCCACGCCGCGCAAGGCCGCGCCCCGCCGCGCCCGGAGGCGCUCGUCGUCCAGCCCUGAUGAGAACGAACCACCAAAUAAACCAUCUGACACACCGCAAUCAGUGAGGAAAUCGAGAAGAAAAAUUGUACCAAGAAACAAAACUGUCGCAAAUGAUUCAGAAGACUCAGAUGACGAUGAAUUUCAGAAAAAACCCGACGACAAUGUUUUCAAAAAACCUGCAUCAAGAAAAGGAACUCGUAGGAGAAAUUAA